UUGAAAUUGUAGUUUCUGAUGGAAGUCCCUAAUUUGAAUUGAAUAAAUUUAGAGGAUGAAAUCUGCAAAGGGUAAUUCUAUUUACAGCCCUCAUUUUACUAAACACAGUCACCAAAUUUAAAUAUAAUUAAAUAAAAUAGUCAAUUGUCCAAUUAUAUCCUUUGACCGUGUGUUCAACGAUGCUGAGAUCUUCAUGGGACGGGGAAGAUAACUACGAUGUUGAGAUGCAGACACAUGCGCUGACCCAAAUGCUUUGCCGCGUCGAAGCAGAAGAAGCAAGAGGUGAUUCAUGAAAACGACUUUUUGAAGGAGAGAAUUGAUAAACUGUAAUCGUGACAUCGAGAAACCAGAGAUACGGAAGGAAUUGGAGAAAUUGGAGUCAGAGAACAAGGUCUUGAAUUGGAUCCUCCUCUUAUAUUUUCUUGAAUUCCCACUUAACAAAAGUCAUGAAUAGAACCCAAAAUGAAGGUUGUCCCAAUUAAAUUUGAUUUCCACUGCUGAAUUAUGGGCAAGGUGGAUAUCCCUUCUUCCCAGAUUGCUUCAUGGCCCGAUUGCAGUUGAGCAGGCUGGAUUGCUCGAUUAAAACAUACCCGAAGCUGAAUUUGUACAGGAAAGAGUAUAAAGUGGUCGAAAAGAACAGCCUUUUUAUCAAAUUAUUCAAUGGUGGCCUUGAAAAUCUUCUUUCGUAGGACAGCUACAGUAGUUUCUAUCAUAAUUACUUGCUCACAUACUCUCCUGCAUCUUACGUAGUUUACCACAAUUUAACUUUGAGAGUAGUACAAGGUAAUAACAAAUAUAUUCUCAGCUUGAGGGUGAAGACGGGUUUGGAUGGGUUGAAACUUGAAACGUAGUGAAGAUGAACACGUGAAAUUUGAAGCAGUUGAGAGGAAAAGGGUAUAAUUGGACAAUUUAAAUGUAGUGGCUGUACUUAGUAAAAUGGGGGUUGUGGAUAGAAUUACCCAUAUGCAAAUAAUUGUUGUUGUUAAUGGAUUGAUUUGCAGGCAAAACUUGACAGCGAGUGGGCCGAGGCCCAAUCCGCAAGGCUCUUAUCAUUAUGGACGGGUGAACGUCUCGCGUACAAUUAUAUUGAAAAACUCAGCUCCGAUCAUCAAUGGACGCCAACGGUAUGCUGUGAACAGCGUUUCGUUCAUUCCAGCAGAUACACCGCUUAAACUUGCAGACUACUUCCACAUCGCCGGAGUUUUCACCGCCGGCAGCAUCAUUGACAACGCCACCGGAGAGACUCCUCUACUUAACAUUUCUGUCGUGGCGGCGAGUUUUAGGUCAUUCGUUGAGGUUGUCUUUGUGAAUGAGGAAGACACCAUACAGUCGUGGCACUUGGAUGGCCAAAUCUGCUUUGUUGUCGGGAUGGAUACCGGAGAGUGGAAAAACGCAAGCAGAUUAACUUACAACUUGGGAGAUGGAAUUUCUCGUAGCACAGUUCAGGUUUAUCCAAAAGGGUGGACUGCCAUUUACAUGCCAUUGGACAAUAUGGGAAUGUGGAAUGUAAGGUCAGCGAACUGGGGGCGACAAUACUUGGGUCAACAGUUCUAUCUCCAGGUGGGGCCCUCCACGGGUUCUCUGAGGGAUGAAUAUAGCAUUCCACGUCACGCCCUUCUCUGUGGUAAAGCGGCCAAUGAAACCAUAUCUUAGCUUAUUAAACUCAAGUGUCAAAUAUAUGUUGACCCAUUGUACUCUUUGGAAAUGCUUGUAACUUUCAUAAAAGAUAUUCUCAAAUCACAAUUACUCGAUCACAGAUGUUUGGACUUAA